AUGGCCGAAGCCGUUCUUUGUCGCUCUGCAGCUAAAUUGAGAGAAUUAUUUGCGAUUUUAGUGAGCACAUGUGGUUUAUCGAAUCCACUUAAUUUGUGGAAUAAAUACAAGGCCGAUUUAUCAGAAGAUAUAGCGUAUAGGUUGCAAGAUACCCACAACGAUAUUAUUUACAACGAAGCCUUAGUACUCAUUGAAGAUAAAAUGCUUACCAUAUCUGGUAAAUGCCUUGCAGAUUUUGGCCUACCUACACCACAGAGAAGAGGAGAAAUAUCAAGCGAUGUUGCACGAGAGCUUAGCUACGAUAUACCAGUUUUACAGUCGCAUGUCCGUGAAACAACACCGAAACUGCUUCCUGAACAACAUGCAGUUGUCAAUGUAAUAUUAAAUAGACUAAGUAGCGGAGAAGGACUUUUUUUCCUGGACGCUCCCGGCGGCACAGGAAAAACAUUUGUGCUAAAUCUAUUGCUAGCUCACGCAUGA